AUGCCGGCCGCUCCAGGAGUGGGUAGCCAGGCUCCUCCCAGCCUGCCCAACGCUGAUCCAGCAGCUAUUAUGUCUGUUCCACAAAGCAACGUUACGAGCUACCAGACCGGUGGACUUGUUCGUUACAACGUCACCGAAAGUUCCAAUCUCUCCAAGCGAUGGACCUGCAGCACCUCACCUACUCUUACCUGGGGUGACACCGAUACUGGCGGUCCAGGUAUCACUAUCGACAACGCUGGCAGUGACUGGAGAGGUUUCUACUUCUAUCACAACAGCUGCGACAGUAUCCCCUGGAAAUACAUUUGGAUUGCUGCUGGAAGCACUCAAUUCGUCUCUGUUCCUACAGGCUGGGAAGGUCGUGUCCAGCGCGGUGUUGAUUCCACCAUGCUUGAUGGCCAGCCGCAGCUUCUUGGAUCUUGGUUGGAAAUUAGCUGGGAUGCCGCCAAUGGUAACACCGGCUGGGCUGACGUCUCACUUAUCCGUGGUAAUGACGGUGGUAUUCUUGUUUGGAAUGAAAAUGGUGAUUGGAAGGGAUUCACACAGUGGGUUUUGGACGGUGCGCCAGACGGUGCCUAUGACCUGAAAAACGACGGACAGUGGGUUAUCAAGUACACAGAGAAUACUGAUGGCUCCAUCAACACCAUUCCCCGCGAUUGGGAUAUUCAGGAGAUUGGUGUCGAUUACGUCUACGUCGAUGAUGCUCACGGCAGCCCUGUCAUCUCAACUCCUAACCAGCGCUUUUCUACCUACUGGCCUGAUGGUCGCGCUUAG